UCCCUCUCUCCCCUCCGAGCUCAAAUAUUUUCCCAUCUUUCCCUCCUUUUACUCUCUCUCAGUCUCUCUCUCUGAGACACAAUACUCUCUCUCUCUCUGGCUCUCUGGUUUUCGAUCUUCCCUUCUCUCCCUCUGGAAAACAAAACUGUGUCUCCGAGUCUUCUCUCACUCUCAUCCCAACCGGUAGAAAGUGUCAUAGAAGCGGCAUGGAUGGUGGUGCAGCGUACAACCCGCGCACGGUCGAGGAGGUCUUUAGGGAUUUCAAGGGUCGCAGAGCUGGCAUGAUUAAAGCCCUCACCACCGAAGUUGAAGAGUUUUAUCAGCAGUGUGAUCCUGAGAAAGAAAAUCUUUGCCUUUAUGGAUUUCCCAGUGAGCAGUGGGAAGUCAAUUUACCUGCUGAGGAGGUGCCUCCGGAGCUUCCAGAGCCUGCAUUGGGUAUUAACUUUGCUAGAGAUGGAAUGCAAGAGAAGGACUGGUUAUCCUUGGUUGCUGUCCACAGUGAUGCUUGGUUACUGGCCGUAGCCUUUUAUUUUGGUGCUAGGUUUGGAUUUGAUAAAGCUGAUAGGAAACGUCUUUUCAAUAUGAUAAACGAACUUCCGACAAUAUUUGAGGUUGUGACAGGGACAGCCAAGAAACAAACGAAGGAGAAGUCAUCUGUUUCAAAUCACAGCAGCAACAAAUCCAAAUCGAACUCUAAGCGGGGUUCUGAAUCUCAGGCCAAGUAUCCAAAGGAAAUGCAGUCAAAGGAUGAGUACGAGGAAGGUUUGGAAGAGGAAGAUGCUGAGGAGCAUGGAGAGACAUUGUGCGGGGCUUGUGGAGAGAAUUAUGCGGCUGAUGAGUUUUGGAUUUGCUGCGACAUCUGUGAGAAGUGGUUCCAUGGAAAGUGUGUUAAGAUCACCCCAGCAAGGGCUGAGCAUAUCAAGCAGUAUAAAUGCCCAUCCUGCAGCAACAAGAGAACCCGUCCUUGAUGGUAGCUGUAUGCUUCUAUAGUUGACUGCUAAUGCUGUAGUAGGUCAGGUUAAUUCUUAGUCUUGUAUUCCUAGUCUUAGGAAACCUACCUUGAAUGUAAUGUGUAGUUCACGAAUGUGCCGUUUAAAUGAUUAAGAAUUAGGCUAUUUAUCAUACUGGUAGGGAACCAUUCUCCCCAUGCCACUAUGGAAAGACAUCAUGUGCUUCCUUGAAUUCUUGUAUUCAUAGGAUAUUUGUGUACGUUUCUGCAUUAAGCUUAGAUUAUACCAUGUGCCAUCUCUUUACUUCGA